CAAUAUUUUUUAGCUUUAAUGGAAAUUCUAUAUCACUAAAGUUUAACUUGUCUUCAUGCACACGAUAUUGAGCAACUCGAUGGGCGUUACUGACACUAGGAUAUAUUGCUGAAAGUAUAGCAUACUUGAAACAUUGAUUGUCAUAAUUUCGAACAUUGACGCACGCUUUUUUGCGUUUUAUAUACUUUGGAAGAGGAAUGUAAGAAGACCCUUUAAUUGGAGAAUAUUUUUUCAUGUUUAUACACAAACUUAUGAUACUUUUAAGAGUCCAGCCUGAGUCCUUUUCUUGAAAUUCUUCUAACGGUGCAAGAAUAGGCUCUUUGAUAUUGUCUUUAAACCAUUCCUCUAAAUUUGUUGACAAAUAUAUCGUCGCACUAUCACUAGUAAAAUAUUUAAUGUCCGUUGUUUCCUCUCCACUUUUCUGCAUAGAAAAUUCGGCGAUGAAGUCAGAUUUAACUUUCACUGCAUUAUACUCAUCUAAGCAGCUCUUUACCUUAUCAUUAAAGAGCUUUUGUGCAUCGUUUAAAAAACUUAGAAUAUCAACAUGUUUUAUAUUCACUACCACACCACUUCUAAUUCUAUUCUGAAAAGCUGACUGCACAUCUCGCCACUCUACUCUAGCUUCAGUUUCUUCCCCCGCUUGUAAACUACCUCCACACCGAAGGUGUUGUUCGAAUUCAACUUGUAUGCACGACAAAUGUGUUAAACAAGUUUGACACUUUUGUUUUUCUCCUCGCAUUAAAUUCGCUUUAUCAAUUUUAUCGUUCAAUUCCUUUAUCGUAGAAUUACACACGUCCAGCCAAUGAUAAAUAUCUUCAUCGCUCAUAUCAUUUUUACUUUGUAUGGUGUCACGAAGUAAGCCAACAAGACGUUCAAAAAAAUCCAUCGAAUUCAUCUUUACUUUUUACUGAAAUAUGACUAGAAUAGUAUUCGUGAACUUGCACAAAACUAUCAGUUUACAUCAAGGAAACGCAACUGACGAACUGUGAUCGUUCAAGGAAGAUGCUCCCGCUCUUAAAUAGGGAGAGAAGGUAUUCUCGCAAAGGACCAAUGGUAGAGUCGAAGAGCUAGUAGAUAAGAUUAAGAGAAACAUUUUCUCGGGAAAGACCAAUGGUGUGGACGAAGAGCUCAUAGAUAAGAUAAGAACGAAGAUUUUCUUGAGAGGGGAUGCAUUUUCUUUCUUUUCAUCCAAUCCAAAAUCGACUUUUUAAAUCCUAGAUAAGCCAGAGGCGGAGUUAUGUAUUAUAUAAACAGAGAGUAAGAGUCUAGCUCAGAUUAUUUCUUACUGAAUAGCAAGAUGACUAGCGUGAUUGAUAGAAGUUCAAGUGAAUAUAAUGUAUUAUUUAGAAAUACAAUAUGCAAUGUCAAGAAGAAGAAAAAGUUUAUCUCUGUGACAUUCAAGGUUUUCAAAGAAUUGCCGUCGAUACUUUUAUUUUCAAGGAAAUCAGUUUUCUCAAUUUGAGUAAAACUUCUUUACCGACUGCGUAUCUCUUUAAACCUCCAUUACCAUGGGAUGAACUAACAGAGGAAGAAAAAUGUAUGACUCACUGGAUUGAAAAGAGCCAUCACGGCAUAGAAUGGGAUUCUGGAGAUAUUCCAUAUCACCGUCUUCAUAAAAUUUUAGAAAUAUGUACGCAAGGAGUCACAAAAUUAUUCGUCAAAGGAAAGCAGAAAGCAGAAUGGAUAAAAAAUUUAUUGCCCGAUUUAUCAAUCACAAACGUCGAAAAUUUUGGCUGUCCAUCGUUUGAAAAAAUAAUAUAUGAUAAGCAGUUCGUCUGCUUUAAUCACGAUCUCUGCAUUAGAAGAGUGCCUAUGUGUGCUGCUCGAAACGUCAUUGCAAUACGAACCUGGCUACUCGAUUAUUUAGAUGAUCGAUUUAGUUUAGAUACGGUGGAUAAUCAAAAUUCAAAAUGUAUUUGCUUAUACUGGAAAUCAGCUUAACUAAAUAAAAAAUGAUUUUAAUAAA